CCCAACUACAUACUUUCGUUAACAAUGCAAUUCUCCACUGUCGCUAUCUUCGCCGCUACCGCCGCCGCUGUCUCUGCCACCACCUUGACCGAAACCGAAGUUUCUUCCACCUUGGUCACCAUCACUUCUUGUGACUCUACCGUCACUGACUGUCCAGCCAAGCACACCUCUGCUUCUAACUACACCGUCCCAGUUAACGUUACCACUGCUUCUGAAAACGGUGCUGCUAAGGGUCAAUUCGCCGCUGCUGGUGUUGCUGCUUUGGCUGCUGGUGCUUUGUUGGCUUUGUAAGUCAAUUAGUUUGAUACUAAUACCCACCUAUAGUGAUUAAUAUAAAAAUU